AUGUGGGAUACAAGGCACGGUCCUUGGAGGGCACGGCUAAAUCAGCUAAACCGCGGAGGCGCUGGGGCCUGGUCUACGCGAUACAACAAUGUGGCUCAGUGGUUGCAUAUAGAUCUUGGUGAGGUGUCCAAAGUUGUUGCCGUGGCAACACAAGGUCGUUAUGACGCUAACCAAUGGGUGAAGAAAUACAAGAUCAGUUACAGUGUUUAUGGUCGUAAGUUUACCUUUUACAGCAUCAAGAGGAGAGUCCAGGUGAGAGGAUGUUUUAUUUCAAAGUUGGUGGUAUUCUCUUUACCAGUAGCCCGGCAGCAAGCUCUUCGGGGCGCUCUGGCGACGGGGCAGGAAAAGGAAAGGAGAGCUUGCAUCUAAGUCUCUGGAAUUUGAAUAUCUGCAUCGAAGAAGUCGAUGCGAAAUGCUGAUUGGCGGGGGUGACAUUAGUAAUGACGUCAUUACCCUUGGCACGUGUUUUUAAAAUUUGCUUACAUUCGUGCUCUUUUCCGCUUCGCCCUGAUUGGCGGAAAUCUGACAGCUUAGUCGACGGGGAGCCACGGGGGAAUUGGAGGUGGAAUACAUAUUCCAGAGAUGUAGUUGCACGCUCUCUUUCCUUUUCCCGCCCCGCCGCCAGAGCAUCCUGGAGAGAAUGCUCGCAGGCUAUUUUACCAGUCUCUCUAGUGACACUUAGUGCUGCUACAUUUAAGUGUUUCCAAACCUAAAAUAUGUACUUGAACACCUAAUGAGAAACUACCCUGUUACCCUUUGUUUUCAAAGUUCAAGCGAUUCAAGCCAUGAAAGGUUCAAGCGUUUUGAAAACCUUCCUUAGAAACGACUUGUAAGGAAGGUUUUAAAGUUUUUAAGUUCUCCUCCGUGAUUUUACGAUUGUGUAUAUUGGUCUUAUCCUGUGGAUCGAGGCCGCGACCUCCCGCUUUGCAGACAAGCGUUAGCUCUACCGACAGGGCUACUCCUAGAACGGUUGAUUGCGAUCGUGAUGAAUUGUUUAUUUUUUCAGAUGUUUCCUGGUAACAGUGACCGGAACACAGUCGUGUAUAAUCGCCUCUAUCCCAGUUUCAAAAGCCGCUUUGUUCGUAUCUACCCUAAACAAUGGCACGGCCAUAUCUCCAUGAGAGUAGAACUCUACGGCUGCAAUAGCGGUAGGUAA